AUGACGCAAGCGUCGGCCUCGGAGGUGGUCUCCGUCGGGCGGCGGAGCACCGCCAUCGGGAAGGAGUCCUCUCUCGCUGCCCCCUCACUGAGUAUAGCGACGACGCCCUUUUCGCUUCGCACCGGCGCCGCGCUUCCUCGCGAGAUCCUAGCAUGGUUGCAGUCGCUGCAACUUGGCGGCUCCGUCAAGUACCCGAAGCGGGACUUGGCCAACGGGUACGUGAUUGCACAUAUAUGUGCUCGCUACUGGCCACAUGUGCCACUUCACAGCUUCGAGAACAAGGCCGGCGCCGCGAGCAAGCAAAGCAACUGGUUUGUGCUGCAGAAGGUGCUGCGCCAGAAGGGGGUGGAUGUAAGCGCAGCCAUGGUGGACGGCAUGAUGAACGGCGCUGACGACUGCGCCAGCACCUUCCUGCAGCAACUGUACACGGUGUUGACUGGCAAGCACGCGGACACCGAGGCGGUGCCGCUGGAAGAUGCGCUGCCAGACGUGCCGGCCAGCAAAGUGCCAGUGUACGUGCCGACCAGCACCGGUGGCGCCGCUGCACGCACGCGACACGUUGGUGGCGCGAACGGUCCUGGUCUCUCCGCGAAAGUGGACUCCCGCAGCGACUUCAUGGGCGGAGGCAACAAGGCCGCGUCACUGUUCGGCGCUGCUGCGGCUGACGUCCGCAUCCUGGACGACACCAGCAGCAAGGAUGUGCGGAACGCCACCCCGGUGUUGCUGCCGCCCCUGCAGCCAUCACUCCCGAUGCCGGCGCAUACGCAGCCUGCUACAUCGCCGGCAUCCGGCUUGACGGAGGAGGCAGCAGCCGCAAGUAAGCCGUUCUUCAACGUGGCUGUGCGAGCCGCAUGGGAGGUGUCCACAGUGCUUUUGACGCAGCAAGCAUCUGCGUCGGCCGCUGAAGACGCCGCUGGCGCACCUAUCCCAGUGCAGGUCUCCUCGUUGGCUGGCUCGUGGUUCUGCAUGAAAGUGCGCGAGGCGGUGCCGGUGGACGCCCUCGAAGCGCUGAUGGAGGGCGACGAAGCAGCCUUGGCGCCGAGGCCAUCGCUGUCUGCCACGCUUCGCUGGCUCUCUGCUGUUCCAUCUGGUGAUGGGGGUGUGGAGGGCGAGAUGAAAGCAGCGCUCUGGUGCACAGGCGGAGACGGCCACAACGUUCAGCAGGCAUUGCUUCGCACGGGUGCCUGGCAGGCGAUCCUUGGCGCUGUACCGGAGCUAGCGCAGAUCCUGGUGCACCACGGCGGCCACGGUCUCGAUGCCCUUGUGGACUGCCUGUUUGCCUCCGUCAUGAGUGCGCAGUCGCGGAUUCGUGGCGGUGGUGAGGGUGACGCUGGCGGCGGCGCGUCUUUCGCGUUCGUGCGCAACGCUGUGCACUUCAGUGCCGUCCUGCUGGCGACGCUCAGCGACCUCGACGUCUACCAUGCCAUCGCCUGCUUUGAAACGUACUUUGCGGCGUCUCCGACCUUCGUGCAAGCGUUGCGUGGGUUGCGCUGGUCGUUGGCAGCCGACUACGCCACGGUCAUCACGGCCGUCUUGCCAGCAAACCGCCGACUCGCCGCCACGGUGCUGAGCUCGCUAUGGGGCACCAUCGAGUACGCCGUGCGUGACUCCGCCGCCGAGGAGACGGCGCUAUACGGUGAAGCCGCCGCUGGCGAUGGAGAGAGCAACCCUAUGGGCGCGGAAGACAUGGCAGAGGUGUGCCUGCUGGUGCUUCUCCGUACCCUGUUGACCUCCCUACAGCCCAUCAGCGCCGGUGCCUCCUCCCGCACGCCGUUGGAAGCGCCCAUAAGCAGUCACGCUCAGAUCGAGGCAAGUGGACGCGCAAUGACGAGCGCUGUUCGCCGUACAGCCCCGUGCUCUAGCAGGAACACGACCAUCACCGCGUCAACCUCGCAGGACGCCGUCUCCAACACCCUCGUGCAGCUCGCAGAGAAGCGCAGUGCUGCGGUGCUGCAGCAGUCCGUCAUUUGCUGCGCGAGCGCGACCGGCGUGGGUGUUGACGAGGCGUUGGUGGCGGUGGCAACCGAGAAGGAGGCAGCAGCGGUGGCUCUUGCCGUGCAGGUGCUGCGCAUGGAGCUGCACCCCUCGCUGAUGGCGGCGUGGGUGGCGGGUGGGCGUUUCUUCGACGUCUACAACGCGCUCUUCCCUUCGUCGGACAACGCCGCAACGCCAACACCACCAAACGCGUCGUCGCCUACGCUCUCUGUGCUUCGGGCGCGGUGGCUACGCUGGUGCCUGCAGCGGCGGUUCGAACUCAGCUUGUCCUCCCCCUCGCCCGCCACCUCGGCCGCGGCGGCCAUGUCCUUGUCGCCCCUGGCCCAGCAGCGCCAACGUGUCUCCCACGCCGUUGCCCCGUUCGGGGUCCGCGACGGAGGCGGCCAUCGCGCCACCACGACCACGCUCGCACAGGCGCACGAUCUCUCUGCGGACAGUGCCGAGAUGCGCGCGCUGCUGACAGGUGUGCAGGUGCUCUGUCACGAGCUGUCCUCCGUCGCUGAGUCGUUGAAGCCUGCAGAUGCGCAGUCGCGCGUGCUGGUGGCGUGCGCGUUGGCCGAGUCGCUCCCGUUCCUGCCAGCGAGGUACAAAGCUGAGAGCACUGGCGCAGACGGCGGCUCGGCCUUCGCCGAGGAUGCAGCAGAGGCCGCGUUCAAAGUCUUGAUGCACGAGGCGACGCCAGCGCAGAUGCGCUCCAUCCUCGCCUGCGCAUCAGAGUUGCGAGCAGGCGCAGCGGUGCAGAGAGGCGGAGAGUUGGAGGACGAGGCGCAGUGGAUGGUGCACCGCUACGUGGGCCCUCUCAAGCCGUCCGGCUUGCUUGUCGUGGAGAGUGAUGCGCUGCUGCUUGUCAAGGCGGCCCUCGGUGUGCUAAGCAGCGGUGGUGAUCACACAGGCAACUCCGGCGGCAGCCGCUUAUCCCCAUCGUUUUCGGGGGCGGGGGACAGAGAUGUGAAGCUCACAGGUGGCACCGGCGGCGCCCGCCGGCUCGCUGCCCGGGCGGCGGUGAUGGCCAGAGAAGGCCAGGUGGACGAGAAGAUCGCUGAGCGGGUGCGGUGGCUUGCCAGCCUGCUGGUAGAGGGCCGCGCUUGCGUUCGUAGCGGCACACCGCCCUUAUUUCCGUGGCGAAGCACCGGUGAUAGUGGUGCAGUCCGUCGCUCUCCCUCGUCCCUUCGCGAGGACACGGCCACCGUGGCUUCGGCAGCGUCAGAGGCAGAGGUGCUAGAGUGGCAAGCGGUGCUGUCGCACUGUUACGAAGAUCUUGUCCUAGUGAUUCAAGCCGCAAGCUCACGGCUGCGCCAACGUGGAGGGGCUGGUGCCGGUGGAAACCCUAACGCCGCCGAGACGCACUUCUCCGAGGUCGUUGGUAAGGAGCUCCUGAUGUUGGCGCAGAAGGCAGAGGGAGUAGUGUGCAGCCUGUGGCGCGAACUGGCACCGAUUCUGGCAGCAUCGGCGGCGUCAAGAUCGAAGAGCGAGUCGGAGCAGCGCUUCAUCGGCGCCGCAACCCCCUCAGUGGUUGCCAACUCGGCCCUCAUAAGCAGCCCGCCCUUCUCCUUCCUGGAGGAUGUGUCACACGAGGAGGUGGCGACGGCGGUGAGAUGGAUCUGCGCCGUUGCUGGUGUGUAG